AAGAUGAUGAGAAAAAAGCAUGUCAUCGUGAACGUCAUGUGGCUCUAUUCGACGGUUUUCAAGCUCAGUAGCUAAAACCGUUGAUCCAAAUCAUCCAACGGCUGCGUCUGCAUUUAUCCUACACCAGUCCUAACCCUAACGUAUAGUUAUAAAAUCUUAUCCUGUCCGCACGGUUUCGCUUCAUAGCUGGACUUUUCAUCAAAGGUUUCCACUGUGUAGGAAAAUGAUGGUGGACUAACAGAUUAUAUAUGACUAAGAACAUGCUUUGGCCCUGGAAUAAAGUCUUCCAAAUGAUCUCUCGUCACCAAAUAUCUACCAACUAGGGUUCAAUCUUUUGGCAGGGGAGUCUCAAGGAUAUAUACAAAAUGGGUCAAAAGAUUAAAUGGAAGAGCAUUUUAGAUGUCGAAGUGCAACAUUUAAUGGACACACAAACAUUCUCCCGCAUGGAUUUGUCUUGGACAAAAAUCAGUCGCAAUGAUGGGAGUUUCGAUCUUGUCGGAGCUAUACCAUACAUUAGGCUUAAAGACUUUAUUAGAGGAGAGGAAAGUAACCCUGAUGCACUAUGCACCUUUGUACGCAAGAAGCAUACAAUUUACACAUCAACAUCUCUGAGAGUGUCUUCAACAAAGACAUAUGAAGUCUACUGGUGUAGCUAUGGGCCAGAGGACAAGAGAGGUGCCCCAGAGCCCCCAAUAAGGAAAAGGAGGCAGGCUGUGAGGAGGGGUUGCCAGUGCCAUUUCAAAGUGAAGGUGAUGUGUGAAAAGCCAGAUGUUGCUAUUAUUUUUUACAAUGAUUUUAGCCAUGAAGAUGUAAAUAAAAUCCCUUGUCAUGGGACGAAAGACCCGUCAGGGGAAAAAAGGUUGCUAUAUGCUCCACGCCUUUCAAAGGAUGUUGUCCCAAUAAUUGAAGGACUGUGUGCAAAGAGAGUGCCAGUUGACAUCAUUUGUGAAGAGCAAUACCUAAAAGAUCUGUUCGGUGGCGUUCCACGUGGAAGAAAUGGUCAUUUAUUCAGACGUGAUGUUGCUAAUAUCUAUAACCGAGUAACAAAGACGACAUCCCAACUUCACGAUCAAGACACACUGAGCGUGGAUUUGUGGUAUCAACAAGAAAGACAAUCUUUUUUCUUCUACCAAAAAUCUUGUGAUGAAGAUGUCCCAUUUGUUAUGGGUAUUCAGACACCCUGGAUGCUCGAGGCAAUGCUUAAUUAUUCUCAUAACAGUUUGAUUUCAAUGGCCUCAACUUCUAUCACUAACAAGCACGAGUAUCAGUUGUACACCUUGCUUGCUUUUGACUCUCAUGAGAAUGGAGUCCCUGUAGCUUGGGUAGUCACAUCUCGCAAUUCAACAGCUGAUAUCACCUCAUGGUUGCAAGUGCUCCAUGAUAUUGGCAGAAGGCAUAGGCCAGAUUGGAAGGUGAAUGCCUUUAUGUCUGAUGAUUUAGCUCCCGAGACUGAAGCUAUACGGUCUGUAUUUGGCUGCCGAAAUCUCCUGUGCACCUGGCAUGUUCGUCGUGCAUGGCUAGAAAAUGUUCGAAGAUAUGUAAAGAGAAAAGAAAGUUCCAGGAGAAUUUUUGAAAAACUGGGUAAUAUUUUGCAUGCUAUUAAUGAUUCACAAUCUAUGUUUUGGGCAAUCAAAGAAAUUUAUGAGGAAUUUCAGGAAGAGAAAGAGUUUUUGCAAUACUUCACGAGAUAUUGGGUCGAUGAUAAUAGAAUUGGCAUGUGGGCCUAUUGUUUUCGUGACUUUCCUCAUGCGAACCAAGAAACCAGUGCAGCCAUUAAAUUAUAUCAUUCCUUUAUAAAGAGACGAGUCCUUGUUGAUCGCACAAAGAAAUAUUCUUGCAGAACAGAUUGGCUCAUCUUCACUCUAUUGAAGCGGAUGGAACCAUACUACAAGAACAAAGACUGGUUGAAACAAUCAGGGCUGUGUACAAACUACAAGCUUGAAAAGGGGCACGAGACAUUGCUUGAGAAAUCUAGGCAGAUACCUGACGAAGAUUGUGCUCCUCAUGAGAAUUUGGCUAAUGCAUAUUGGGUGAGAACUAGAAGCCAAAAUGACUCUCCAGUCCAGUAUCUUGUGUCAAAAUUUGGCCCUAAUUUGUAUGUUUGUGACUGCAAGUGGGCUUUGCGAGGCAAUACAUGUGAGCACAUGUUGAAAGUGACUUCAAUGCUUGGAAUGGCAGACAAGUCAAUGCAAGAGCUUGUUAUAGCACAAGACUUGCAAUAUGAUUGACAUGGUUCAAAAUAUCAUCUCAAAUUUUGUUAAUAUAACACGAGCUAGGGGAAGAAGGUGGUCCAAAAAAUAUUACUACCAGUUAUGAGAGCAUCCUACGUUUCAGUUUUCGAAAUAGUGAGAUGGUUGUAAACGAUACCAUCAAUUUUGAUGCUUCUACGCAAAAUCAUGUAAUAACGAGUAUUGCAGAAGGAUGACAGGGUUCAGUAUUAUAACACCAAUGGGGUUUAGCUAUAACAUGUAAUUAUCAGUGGUAUUUAGUAACAUGUAUUUUUAUUAUA